AUGGAGUGUUAUGUUGUGGAUGCUUUUACUGAAAAUAUUUUCGAAGGAAAUCCAGCAGCAGUUUGUGUAAUGAAAAAUUGGAUAUCUGAUGAAUUGAUGCAGAAAAUUGCUGCUGAAAAUAAUCUAUCCGAAACAGCUUUCACAGUAAAGGAAGAUGAUGGAAGUUAUCACCUUCGCUGGUUUACACCACUCUCAGAGAUAGAUCUAUGUGGUCAUGCAACUUUAGCCACUGCUUUUGUGAUUAAUAAUUUCUAUGAUUCGGAAGUGAAAAUUCUCAAAUUUAAAACUAUGAGUGGAGAACUAGUUGUGGUUAAGAAAGAAGACUUGUUUGAAAUGGAUUUUCCUAGUAGAAUGCCAACUCCUUUCACAAUCAGUGAACAACUAAUUGAUGCCUUAGGAAUAACACCAAUUGAAGCUCAUAUUAGUAGAGAUCUAGUUCUUGUUUUGGAAAAUGAAGAGCAAGUUCUUAAUGCCACUCCAAACUUUUCCAAAUUGAGAGAAAUACCUGAUGGUUUAGGAGUCUUGAUAACCUCAAAGAGUGAGAAGUAUGAUUUUGUUUCGAGAUGUUUCUUCCCAAAAUUGAAUGUUAAUGAAGACCCUGUCUGUGGAUCUGCCCACACCAGCUUUAUUCCUUACUGGUCCAAUAUUUUGGGCAAGAAGGAAAUGAUAGCCAGACAAGUCUCCAGCAGAGGAGUCAUGAAAUUCAAAAACAAAUCUGCAUCCAAUAAUGACUCACCAACCAGCAACUCAAUAGAUGGAGAACCAACAACAAAACGAAAGAAGAGGAAAACAGAUCUCAAGACCAUCUCAUCAUCAACAGAUAUUGACUCUCUUGGUAACUCUGCAUUGGGAGGGAUAGCAAGUGUGACCAGAAAGAAAAAGAAGGAACAACAACAGCAACAACACUAUUCCGAAUUGAAUGAUUCCUCAACCACUGUAGAUAUUGCCAUCAAUAAUGUGAAUAAUAACAUACCCAGCAGCAAUUAUGGUAUGAAUAAUAAUGAAACAAACGAGAGGGAAAUUGAUGAACAAUCAAUUAAUUCAUCAUCUUAUCAAGUCAUUGUGAGUGAACCAAAUUCAACACAACCAAUGAUGAAUAAUUUGCAUCACACAACUUAUUCCAGCACCAGCACUACCAACAAUAAUCAUCUGUACAGAAGUAGGGAUGAAAUUGCACGUGAGGAAAGAUAUGCCACCAAGAGAAGAUUUAAUUUUCUUGUUCGGUUAGUAGAGGAAAUGGUUGAUGAAGAAGAAAUUCACUAUCACUAUCAACUCUAUUUGAGACAACAAGAAGAACUCAAGAGAAAUCCAUCACUACGUUUUAAUUCUACAACAACAACUACUAUGCAAGGUGUAGAAUAUUUAGAGGAAGAUGAAGAUGAAUCAUCACUGUCAUCUUCAUCAAAUAAUCAAGAGGAAGAUCAAAUCAUUACAAACGAGUACCGAUAA